CUUCGUCCCAUCACUGACUUUAUCCGGCAUCCGUAUAUCCCGUGUAUCAACCAACGUAGCACCCGCUUCUUCUUUCAUCCCGUCUUGUCUUUUUGGACUCUGACAACAGAGAUAUCUCCGGACUUUUGAGCUCCAACUCUACCCGGAACACCAUCUUGGCGAUUCACCUGUGUCUUGGCCAAGAUGGCAGAUCAUGAAGCCUCCAAGAUAAACCAUGAUAACCAUCUACUGCUGGAUCAACCACUGCUCCGUCUGCCAUACGAACUCCUCCGCAAGAAUUUCCGAUCCGCCCACUUCACAGUCGAGAAAGAGUCGACAACCCUCAACAAACUUCUCAAGGAGACAGCGAAAAGAUCCCUCGACAGCAAGACAUCGCCCGAAGAUGUCGUCAAGAACCUGGAUGCCAUGAUCGCCAAGAUGCGCGGCAUGAAGCGCAAGCUGUCAACGUACGCCGACGAGGAAACACGGCUCUACAAGCAGCUUGAUGCUCGUGUGGCCCAUCUGCGCGAGCUCUCGGACAUGCAUUCGGUUGAAGAUGUUAAAUACGAGGCCUGGUCCAGGAAACGGCUGGAUCGACUGCUGGUCGACUACAUGCUACGGCACGGAUACAACACUUCAGCCCAGGCCCUAGCAAACGAGCGCCAGAUGCACGACUUGGUAGACGUGGAAACAUUCCUGACAAUGAGCAAGAUCCGCGAGUCUCUUGAGAACGGCAGCGUCGCCGAGGCGUUGGCCUGGUGCAACGACAACAAGAAGGAGCUUCGAAAGUUACAGUCCAGCCUCGAAUUCCUCCUCCGCUGCCAACAAUACAUCGAGCUCCUGCGCAUCAACACCAUAUCCAAAUCCGUCGAAGCCAUCGCUCACGCCAAGAAAUACAUCGCCCCCUUCCAAGAGCAAUACCCCGACGAAGUCCGCGAAAUGGCCGCCCUUCUCGCCCACCGACCCACCGACAAAGACCUCCCCCCCAAAUACGCCGCCUGGUACAGUCCCGACCGCUGGUCCAAGCUCGCGUCCACCUUCGUCGAAGCGCAUAACAAGCUGCUCGGCCUGCCCACUUUUCCCUUGCUACACACAGCCCUGUCCUCAGGCUUAUCAGCCCUCAAAACGCCCGCCUGCCACGGCACGCAAAAGACGACUUCCUCCUCGCAGCCGGGCCACAGCCAGACGAGCAUGACGAGCAGCGUGUGCCCGAUCUGCUCGAUCGAGCUGAACGAGCUGGCCAAGAACGUGCCGUAUGCGCACCACAGCAAGAGUCAUCUGGAUAAUGACUUGCUGCUGUUGCCGAACGGGCGCGUGUACGGACAGGCGAAGCUGGAUGAGUAUGCGGCUAAGGCGGGGCUGGCGGAGGGGCAGGUCAAGGAUUUGGUUACGGGUGAGGUGUACUCAAGGGCGGCGUUGAAGAAGGUUUUUGCGUGAGAGGGCACUGCGGUUGCGGUUCCAGCCGCGGGCAGCGGCGGCAUACUUUCUUUCUUUUAUGUGCUUACUUUUGGUUUCAUGCGUCGGGGGUUUUGAGGCGUAUAAUACGGCGCGGGCUAACUAACGGUUAUUAUUUACGGGUGUUUCGGGGGGUUUUAUCAUUAAUGUGGCCCCUCAGGGGUGAGGAAACCAAAAUUUGGGGGAUUAUUAUUAUUAUUAGUCUGGUUCCAGUCUGGACUACUUUCGGGGAAAGAGACGCAACAGCGCAGCAAACAGCUUGGGAAUGGUUAUGGAUGGGGGAUAAUUGCGUUGGCUUCUAUAUCAAUAUGCUAGGACGGGAAGAUGGCAAGGUGGUAAGAUGGUAAGAUUGGGGAUAAGAUACGCGGCAUACAGUACACACACAGACAUACGCAUAUGAGCCCAAAACAGCGUUGCCAUUAUCAUAGGAACAUUAUACAAAUUUAAUGACUUUCAUGACAU